CUCUUUGUUAUCCUAACAUCAACAAAGGCGAAUUAUUUACCAAUAUGUACAAGGGCCGUAAAGAGAAUUCCGAUCAUAAAGAGAGCAUAAAAAAAAGUUCAGUCCUUUGCGAGGUGUGUGGGAAAACUUUUUCCACCAUCACAUGUCUCGAUAUGCACAAGCUUAUUCACUCAAACCAGAAACCCUUCGAGUGCUCCACGUGUUUCAAAACGUUUAAGCGAAAAGGCCAUCACUUAUUACACAUGAAGAUUCACGCGGAAGAGAAACUCUUCAAGUGCUCGUUUUGUUCUCAAUCAUUUAGGCACAAAAACACCCUUACAUUACACAUGCAAAUCCAUGCGGACAAGAAACCCUUUAAGUGCACGUUUUGUUCUCAAUCAUUUAGGCACAAAAACAGCAUUACAUUACAUAUGCAAAUUCAUACGGGGGGAAAACCCUUUCAGUGUUCAGAUUGUUCAGAAUCUUUUAGAGAGAAAAUCCAUCUCACGAGGCACAUGCAGAUCCAUAUGGGGGAUAAACCCUUUCAGUGUUCAGAUUGUUCAGAAUCUUUUAGAGAGAAAAUCCAUCUCACGAGGCACAUGCAGAUCCAUAUGGGGGAUAAACCCUUUCAGUGUUCAGAUUGUUCAGAAUCUUUUAGAGAGAAAAUCCAUCUCACGAGGCACAUGCGGAUCCAUACGGGAGAAAAACCCUUCAAAUGCCACGAUUGUUCUAAAUCUUUUAAUCAGAAAUUCAACCUUACAUCACACAUGCGGAUACAUACGGGAGAAAAACCCUUCAAAUGCCCCGAUUGUUCUAAAUCUUUUAGGCAUAAAUGCAAUAUUACGUCACGUCACACGUGCGGAUCCAUACGGGAGAAAAACCCUUCAAAUGCCACGAUUGUUCUAAAUCUUUUAAUCAGAAAUCCACCCUUACAUCACACAUGCGGAUCCAUACGGGGGAGAAACCCUUUAAAUGCGCAGAUUGUUCCGAAUGUUUCAGGCGUAAAGACCAUCUCACGGGGCACAUGCGCCUCCACACUGGCAUACCUUCUUGUCACUGUUCCAUCUGCCAAAGGCCGUUCACCGACUCUGGAAAUCUCAAAAAACACAUGCGGAUCCAUACGGGGGAGAAACCCUUUAAAUGCCCUGAUUGCGUACAGACCAUCUCACGAGGCACACGCGCCUCCACACUGGCAUACCUUCUUGUCACUGUUCCAUCUGCCAAAGGCCGUUCACCGACUCUGGAAAUCUCAAAAGACACAUGUGGAUCCAUACGGGAGAGAAACCCUUUAA